AUGUUAUCGCUCAGGCAAUCCAUUCGUCGUAGAAUUCGAUUUCCUGCUGUCAGCUGUGCUACCCCCGGCAAUCCAUCUGUACAUUUCGGCUUUGGAUGCCACUACUACCGUCCAUCAUUGGUGGCGACGGUUGAUCCUACCAGUGGUCUUCAUCAUGAACAAUUCUUGGGUAGCCGCUACUUUGCCUCAUCGGCAAGACCUCAAACCUUGGAGGAUCGAUCCAAUGAUAAUACCCGUCAGCAAAACGAGGGCCUUUCCAUUGAGGAACAGUACAGCCGCAAGACACCAUUGGAACAUGUCCUCUUGAGGCCGGGCAUGUACGUGGGAGCCUGUGAACGCCUUCCUCCAAAUACCUGUUGGGUAUUAUCCGAGCCAUUUCCGCUACCAGGUGUGCAACCUGAUAAUCCAGGCACAACUACUGGUAUCACUAAUCCAACAACCACCAAUGACGACGGCCUUCGGAUGGUCCAAAAGGAAUAUGGUACUGUGCCGGCACUCAUCAAACUAUUUGACGAAAUUCUCGUCAAUGCAUCCGAUAAUCGACUCCGAGAUCCACAGAAUUGCACUCGACUCGAUAUCACCAUUGAUCCGGGGUCAUCUGCUGCUCCUCACGACGAUACCGGUACUGUUCAAACCGUGAGAAUCAAUCCACCCAAAAUCCAAGUAUACAACAAUGGCAAAGGCAUUCCCAUUCAAAUACACAAGGAAGAAAACAUGUACGUUCCCGAACUCAUCUUUGGAAACCUCAUGAGUGGAAGCAACUUUGUCGAAUCGGAAAAGAGACUCACUGGAGGCAAGAAUGGCUUUGGAGCCAAGUUGACCAACAUCUUUUCCAAGUCCUUCACCGUCGAGACACUUGAUUCUCAGACACAACAACGAUACACACAAACGUGGUAUAACAACAUGACCGAAUGCGGUCAACCGGUAAUUGAGCAUGCCAGUGAUGAGGGACAAGAAGAUUACACCUGCAUUACCUUUGAACCCGAUAUCCCUCGAUUGACGGGCAACCCACACCAACAUGUGAUUCGUCCCGAAGAUUAUCACAUCAUGUGUCGACGAGUGGUGGAUAUUGCGGGAUGUCAUGAUGGUUUGCACGUUACCUUGAAUGGGCGAGACGUGGCGGUCACCUCCUUUGACCAAUACAGUCAACUGUAUCGUAGCGAUGCGGCUCCACCCAUGUGCUUUGAGGCCGUCAAUCCACGAUGGCACGUUGGUGUGGGAUUGUCCGAAACGGGAAGCUUCGAAUCGGUCUCGUUUGUCAAUGGCAUGUCCACGCAUCGAGGUGGGACGCAUGUCAAUGCCAUUGCCAAUCAAAUCAUUAAACGAAUUCAAGACGAACUCGACAAAAAGUAUGAUGCCGAUUUGGUGGCCGCCACGAGUCCCAGUCUGAUUCGACGUAGUUUGUUCCUGUCGGUUCGAUCUUUGAUUGAAAACCCAGACUUUGAUUCGCAAAUGAAAGAAUACCUCACGUCCAGUCCGGACAAGUUCGGGAGCUCCUGUCUUUUGAGCAAACAGUUUCUCAACACGCAACUGGUAAAACCACUCGAAGACGGUGGACCGGGGAUAAUAGAGGAAGUUGUCAAUGUGGCCAAGGGUCGUCAACAGGCACAGCUCCUCAAAGAAGUGGGAGGGAAAAAGACCAGGCGACAAUUGCUUUCGAUUCCCAAGCUAGAGGAUGCACACAAGGCGGGGUCUCACGAUGCCGGGAAGGAUUGUACGCUGAUACUGACAGAAGGAGAUUCCGCCAAAGCAUUGGCAGUUGCUGGCUUCGAAGUGGUUGGUCGUAGCCACUUUGGAGUGUUUCCUCUUCGAGGAAAGUUCUUGAAUGUACGUGACGCGAAACUGUCACAACUCACAACGAAUGCCGAGGUGAAGGCGUUGGUGGCAAUUCUUGGUUUGGAUUUUGAUAAGGAGUAUGACACAAUCGAAGAGAGAGCAGAGCUCCGAUAUGGACACGUCAUGCUUAUGACAGAUCAAGAUACCGAUGGUUCCCAUAUCAAAGGACUUGUCAUCAACUUUUUUAGAUACUUUUGGCCAAAGCUCUUGAAACCACCCGUGGACCGUCCCACGGACGCUAGCGACAAGACAUUUCUGUCAUCCUUUAUUACACCGUUGCUAAAAGCUACAAAGAAGGGAAAGCGGAAAGAAGUUUUACCUUUCUAUUCGAUGGCCGAAUACGACAAGUGGCGGAACUCAUUGUCGGAAUCGGAAUUCAAGACUUGGAACGUAAAGUACUUCAAAGGUCUUGGAACUUCAACGGCAAGCGAAGCGAAGGAAUACUUCACAGCGUACAAAGAUCACUUUCGACCGUUUCACUGGCAUUCGGACAGCGACGGGGCGAUGCUGGACAUGGUUUUUGAUAAGAGUGGCGCGGCAGAACGUCGGGACUGGAUCAAUGAAACCUACGACCCGCAGAGCACGGUCGUCGUUUCUCCGGAGGCUGGGAACGCCGUCUCCUACGAAGACUUUGUCAACAAGGAAAUGAUCCACUUUUCCAAUGCCGACAAUGUUCGUAGCUUGCCCAGCGUGAUUGACGGAUUAAAGCCGUCGCAAAGAAAGGUUCUCUAUGCAGCUUUCAAACGAAAGCUCAAGAAUGAGAUCAAAGUGGCGCAACUUAGUGGAUACUGCGCAGAACAUACAGCAUACCAUCAUGGGGAAGCGUCUUUGCAGUCAACAAUCACUGGCCUUGCGCAAGACUUUGUCGGCUCUAAUAAUAUCAAUCUAUUACAGCCAUCGGGGCAGUUCGGGACUCGCUUGACCGGUGGUAAGGAUGCAGCAUCACCAAGGUACAUCUUCACUUGCCUGAGCGAAAUCGCUAGGUACCUCUUCCCCGAGGAAGACGACGUAUUGCUUCGGUACCUGGAAGAUGACGGACAAAUGAUUGAGCCACAAUUCUAUUGCCCCAUCCUGCCAAUGUUGCUCGUUAAUGGAAGCCAAGGGAUUGGAACUGGAUGGAGCACCCAGAUUCCAUCUUUUGAUCCUGCUGAUGUGUUAGAAUAUAUCAGGGCAAGACUCGACGGCUUGGAUGAUCUUCCAGCUAUCAGACCAUAUGCCAAAGGUUUCGAGGGAAGGAUCGAACCUUUGAGUGAUGGCCGGGGUUUUGCAACUUACGGGCGAGCGAAGAAGGCAUCGGCAUCUUCUAUCUUGAUUGAUGAGCUACCACUGAAAUGCUGGACUAGCCAAUACAAGCGGAGACUUAUUAAGAUGCGCAACCGAGGCGAGAUCGGCAGCUUUGUAGAGAACCACACAACAACUAAAGUCUCUUUCAAGGUGAAGAUGAAGCCGACAAAGUUGGAACGAUUGAUGAAAAAUAGUGGGGGGCUGGAAACUGCGUUCAAGCUAAAGGCCAACCUGGCCACGACCAACAUGAAUGCAUUUGAUGCAACGGGCGCCAUCAGAAAGUUCGAGUCUGCAGAAGAAAUAGCAGAAUGCUACUUCCCGGCAGUCGAAAGAGGUCGUGAUAGAGCAGAUACGUAA